UGUAGGCACCAGGUUUUCAAUGCACUCAUAUAACACUGUUGAACUCAUUAUGAACAGCAGAACCAGAGGUAUUGUCUUUUUUGCUCCACACAUUCGUCUUCCUUGUCAAGAUCUGACAGACCAGACAGAUGCAAAAAAAAGUAACAGUUCCUUGAUGAGCACAACAUUGAGAACAGAGAUUUGCAGGAAGUUUAGUGCCACAAAAAAAAGCACCCGAAGAAGAAAGCUGCACGUUUCAAAAUAAAGCGGAACAGACCACAAGGUAGCACUGCAGGACUACAGUGUCCUGCAAACACAUAAAAACAAUAUUCUGCAUACUUCUUUUUAUCAUCAAAAUAUUUGAAAAUCACAGAUAUUUGCAUAAUCUGCUAGAUUAGCCAAGACCAUUUGAAAAUAUCUUGCUAUCCAGACUUGAAUGUGUUUGUUUUUCUCAAGGUUUUUGUCCUCAUCUUGUAAUUUCAAGAUUUUAAAAAAACAAAACAAGAAAAUUACCUCCCUAUUUGAGAUAAUGGGAUCCAAAAGGUUUAUGCCACUACAGCUCCUCUCUAUUCUGUGCACAUAUAUGAGGCUUCAAUCUAGGUCAGCCGGACUUGGUUGUAGAUACUUGACAGUGUUUCAGCCCUCAUCCAAGGGGCCUUUCGGGGAGGCUGCAGGACUAGAACGUCUUGGAACUGUUUGUUAUGUGACUUUUCCCGCAUUUAAAGGCGCUCCGGAGGCCGGCCACCGUUUAUGUCAGCGGACCCCACUAACUGACGUUUGCUACUGUUGCUCUCCAUUAGCGAGGCAGAGAGAGGCACUGAGACGAGGCAAUCAAGGGAGGAUGGCGGUAAACUGGCCGGGACUCGUCUCCAUAGGGGUGUUCUACAUGAUCGUGCUGGGCACGGGGAUCUGGGCGUCCAGGAAGUCCAAACAUGAGGAGAAGAAGUGCACCGGGAAUCGCAGUGAAGUGGCAAUGGUUGGAGGGAGGGACCUGAACAUCUGGGUCAGCAUCUUUACAAUGACAGCCACCUGGGUGGGAGGAGGAUAUAUUUUGAGUUGUGCUGAAGUAGUCUAUGAUCCGACAAGCGGGUUGGCAUGGGCCACCGCACCCAUUGCCUGCGGCAUGAACAUGAUUGUAGGUGGACUCUUCUUUGUCAAACCUAUCCGGUCGAAGAAGUACGUCACCCUCAUGGACCCUUUUCAAGAGAAAUACGGCAACACUGUAGCUGCUGUCAUUUUCAUUCCCGCUCUCAUCGCUGAUAUCUUGUGGACAUCAUGUGUUCUUGGUGCACUGGGAGGGACAUUAAGUGUGGUCAUGGAUAUCUCCUCCAAGCUGGCUGUGAGCGUCUCUGCUGCCGUGGCAAUCAUUUACACCUUACUGGGAGGACUGUACUCUGUGGCUUAUACUGACGUCAUCCAGCUUCUCUUCAUGCUCCUCGGAUUGUGGUUUUGCGUGCCCUUUAUCCUGACAAGCCCCUCCUCUGCAAACAUCACUGUCGCCGCAGUCACCAAGCUGCACCAGGCUCCCUGGAUCGGUAAGCUGGAGCUGGAGGAUACAGGCCGCUGGAUAGAUGACAUACUGCUACUGGCCAUUGGAGGGAUCUGCUACCAGGCUUUCUACCAGAGAAUCCUGUCCACACCCACCGAUGCCCAAGCUAAGAUCACCUGCUAUGCUGCGGCAGUAUUAUGCCCGAUCCUUGCCAUCCCGUCUCUUAUUGUUGGGGCAGCUGCGGCGUCUACAAACUGGAACCAGACCACUUACGGUUCACCCAGCCCGUACGAACAGGGCAGAUCUGGUAUGAUCCUGCCGAUUGCCCUGCAGCACCUUUGCCCGUUCUACGUCUCGCUGGUUGGUAUGGGAGCGCUUGCUGCUGCUGUGAUGUCAUCAGUUGACUCUGCACUUCUGUCCGCCGCCUCUCAGCUGGGCCGAAACAUCUUCAAGAACAUCAUCUACAAAAAGGCGUCCGAAAAAAUGAUUAUUGUGUCGGUCAAAGUGUCGAUCUUCCUGUGUGGAGUGAUGGGAGCGGGCCUGGCCAUGACCACGAACUCCGUUCACCUGUUCUGGAUCAUCAGCGGGGAUGUCCUGUAUUCAAUGAUGGUUCCCCAGGUGAUAUGCAUCUUCUACUUGUCUCACCUGGUUAACAAAUAUGGGGCCUGUACUGGCUGCGUGUUGUCUCUACUGCUCAGAGGUUUGGUCGGGGAACCCCUGAUAGGCCUUCCUGACGUGCUGCCCCUGCCGUGGGACAAGAUCCAGGAGGACGGACACCGAUACCGCUUGUUCCCUUUUCGUACAGUCAUCAUGCUCGCCACCACUGGGACCAUUUUACUCGUGUCGCGCUUUGCUAUGUGGCUGUCUGAGCGAGGGCUGCUGAGAGGAAUAAGUGAUGCUGAAACGGACAAAGAUGUACAUCAGAUGGCACCGGUCCGAACGGAUGUGGAGGAAAAGGACAGACUGAAUAAAGAGCCGUCUCAGGAGGAGGAAGUAGGAAGAUGUUAAGAGCAUGAAGACUUUAUACAGCGUGCGGGUGGUGGUUGCGGGAGUUCUUUAUGAGGUUCGAAUGGGGAAUAUAAUAAUGUCCAAGGGGAUCAUUGCUCUGACAGACAGAGAGGGUUGUGUUUUCUUUUACUUUAAUAAUAAAACCUAUUGAUACUUGUAUUAUAUAAACUGAACAAUGUAAUCUAAAUGACAUUUGAUGAUGUUUGGUUGUGUGGCCCUGAAAGAACUUUUCUCUUGCCGGAAUUUGUGUCACAUAUACAUAAUCAAGGACGGGACAAACUAAAUAACACAACAGAGCUGCAUUCGCUGAUUUUUUAAAUUUGUCUUCAGGGAGAAACAUUAACAAACUGUGAAGGUGACCCGAUGAACUCGUUCCUAGUUAUGUUUUACUUCUAAUUUUGUUCUAGUAGCCUGUGUAUCUGAGUUUCAUCACAGCCAUUUAAACAAAUUGUUUCAUGACGCUGUGCUCUCAUGUUUCUUAUUUAAAGUCUUAUUCAUUAAAAAACCAAGACUAAAAUAGUUUACAGUCACCUGUGUGUUUUGUUUUAAUUUCAUUCAUUUAACCAAAAUCUCUAUUGUGGGAAAGUUGUUUUUGUAAAUCAUUUGAAUUUCCAAAAGAAAAGAUGAUGCAACAUUUAA